AUGAGCAACUCAAGAAGUUCCCAAGGCCAGCUUAUCUCAUGUCCCAUCUGUAACCGGCAGAUUCCAUACAAUUCGAUCAACUCCCACCUGGAUACAUGUACCACUGGUCCUGGUGAAUCGGGCUCCAAGCGUCAGCCUACUUUAACUAGUAUUCUAGGAGGCAAUAAGAAGAGGAAAUUGCCAAGCCCCAGUGUUAUAGACCUCGAGAGUAGUGAACAGGUAGAGUUAAAAGAAGAGCAAGAGUCUGUGGAAACUCCAAUUGCGAAGAAGAAUAAGCCCACGAAGGACUAUUCCGCAGAGCAUGAAUACCGUCACUUGCAAAAGAUUAGCCAUUUACCUUUAAGCGAGAAGUUAAGACCCAAGGAUAUCAGGGAAUAUGUGGGUCAGCAGCACAUUCUAUCGCAGGAGAAGGGCACUCUCUUCAAGUAUAUAAAGCAGGGAAUUCUACCGUCAAUGAUCCUCUGGGGACCUCCCGGAGUGGGCAAGACUUCACUUGCCCGUCUAUUAACCAAGACAGCAUGCAACAAUGGCGUCGUCUACAAUUUGAUAGAAACCAGUGCGACAAGAGCCAACACCCAGGAAUUGCGUUCGAUCUUCGAGAAAGCAAAGAACGAUUUCAACCUUACACGAAGAAGAACGGUGCUGUUCAUAGACGAGAUCCACAGAUUUAAUAAGAGUCAGCAAGAUUUACUUCUGCCAUACGCUGAGAACGGCGACAUAGUGCUAAUUGGGGCCACUACGGAGAACCCAAGCUUCCAAUUGAACAAUGCCUUAAUAAGUCGAUGCCACAUCUUUGUGCUGGAAAAACUUAGUGUUCAAGAGACCUGCAUCGUGCUUUCUCGAGGCAUAGCGUUGUUGAACAAGUGCAGGCAGCAAAUCUGGAAAGUAGGACAUCCUUUGAAGUUGCCGAGGCCUACGUUGGAGUACAUUGUUGAGAUAUCGAUGGGUGACACCCGCCGAGCUUUGAAUUUCCUAGAGAUGAUAGAAGUGUCAAGCAGAGAACCAGGAACGAAGGAGAUCACUAUUGAAGAUGCCCGGUCGAUAAUUAAGAGCAAUAGUGAGGGAAUUAGUACCUACUACGAUACUCAUGGAGACAACCACUAUGACACAAUCUCUGCAUUUCACAAGGCGAUCCGAGGCUCCGAUGAGAACGCAUCGCUUUACUACUUAGGACGUAUGUUACAAGGUGGAGAGGAUCCUUUGUACAUCGCUCGUCGCUUGAUUCGAAUUGCUAGUGAGGACGUAGGACUUGUAGAUAAUUCCAUGUUGCCAUUAGCAGUAGCGGCACAUGAUGCAGUGAUGAAAGUUGGAUUACCAGAGGCAGAUCUAGCCCUAGCACAGUGUUGUGUAGCACUAGCCCGGUCUCCCAAAUCAGUAGAACUUUACCGCGGUUGGAAUCAAUUGAAAGCGAUGCUCAGAGAGAAUAAAUUCUCAAUGGCGAGCAGUGGAAUCCCGAUGCACAUUCGUAACGCUCCAACAGAGCUAAUGAAGGAACUGGGGUAUCACAAGGGCUACAAAUACAAUCCCGAUUUCAAAGAUGGCCAAGUUAAACAAGAUUAUUUCCCUGAAGAAGUACUUGAACAAUGUACCAACAGAGAUCAACUGGUAUUUCUCAAUGGGAAACAUUUGGGAGAUCAGGUCGAUCCUGAUCUCGAAUAA